AUGAAGCUUAUUGCACUCGCUACAAUCGCAUCUUCCCUUGCAGGUUAUACUUACGCCUGUAAUCCAUUAACUGCAACAUGUCCACCUGAUCCUGCUUUAGGUACUUCCUUUACUGAAAACUUUAGUGGUCCACCUAGUCGUUUUACAGAAGUUCUUAAUGGUGGUGAAAUCACUUAUGGUAGUAAUGGUGUUGAAUUAACCUUAAACAAGAGAUUUGACAACCCAAGUCUUAUUUCAGACUUCUACAUUAUGUUUGGUAAGGUCGAAGUUGUUUUACAAGCUGCUCAAGGUACAGGUAUUGUUUCUUCCUUCUACUUACAAUCAGACGAUUUAGACGAAAUCGAUAUCGAAUUAUUUGGUGGUGACCCAUAUGAAUUCCAGUCCAAUUACUUCGUCCAGGGUAAUACUACCACUUUUGAUAGAGGUGAAUAUCAUCCAACUUCUUCAUCCCCAUUAUCCAACUUCCACACUUAUACCAUUGAAUGGACUAGUGAAAGUCUUUCUUGGAUCCUUGAUGGGGUUAAUGUCAGAACUCUUGUUGCCGCUACUGCACCUCAAGGUUAUCCACAAACUCCAAUGAAGGUAUUCGCUGGUAUUUGGGCUGGUGGUGACCCAAGUAAUCCUCCAGGUACUAUUGAAUGGGCCGGUGGUAUUACUGACUAUUCUCAAGCUCCAUUCAACAUGUACAUCAAAUCUUUAAGUGUUAGUGAUUACUCAACUGGUACUCAAUACGAAUACACUGAUCAAACAGGUUUUUGGCAAUCAAUUAAAGCUGUUGGUGGUGCCGUUAACGGUAACGCAGGUAACCCUGCUCCAGCUCCAGAAGUUUCUUCUUCUGCUCAAGAUCCUCCAACUAGUUCAUCCACUACUCAAGCGUCUUCUUCUUCAGAACAUGCUACUACUAGUUCUUCUACUGAAGCUACUACUUCAAGUACAACUGCCUCUUCUUCCACUGAAAGCAGUUCUUUUUCUUCCUCAUCUUCCUCAUCAUCAGCAUCAUCUUCCACUGCUGCCAGUUCUUCCACUAGUUCCACCACCUCCGAAUCCUCAACUAGAUCAUCCACUACUGUCCCACCAACCACCAGUGCUCCAUUCCCAACUACCAUUGCUACUCAAUCUCAACACAACACCACCUCCAGCACCACUCCACCUGUCAGCACAGUCGAAAAUGGAUCUUCCAAUGUUAGGGCUGCUACAUUCUUAGGUUUUGUUGGUUUAAUUUCUUCAUUCUUCUUUUAA